CGCCGCCGCCGCACGGGGAGUGCGGCGAGUCAGUCGCUGCGCGGCGCUGGAGCUGGGAACACGGCCCGCGAGCUGCGUCUGAGACCGCCACCGGUGUGCGCUGGACGGACACGCAGCACGGACUCGGAUCGAGAGAUCGACAGACAGAAAACAGGUCUACCGUGUCAAACUGCGAUCAUGAUUCAGUUGUUGCUGCUGACGGCGCUGUUGGCGGCGGCCGGCGCGCAGUCGCUGACCGAGUGCCUGUCCCGGCGGCCGCUACAGGACGUGUCGGGUACCUCUCUGCCGCCGCUGAGCGUGCGUCAGGUGAGCGCGCCGCAGCCGUGCGUGAAGCUGCUCUGCACCGACGAACCGCUGGUCGUCCACACAGACGGCGAGGUCACCUACGCCUCGGUCAACAUCGACGACACCUCGGCCCAGGGGUCUCUGUGUAUGGACGAGGUGCGAGGCUCGCGCGAUGCUUAUGUGCGCUCCAACCUGCCGGUGACGUUCUACCGCGCCGGCGACGUGCACCUGGUCAUCCACGACUCGACGUGCCCGGCGACGCGGCUGGAGAAGCAGCGCCUGCUACUGCUGACAGCGCUCAAGGGACAGUCGGUACAGCCACUGGAGGCGUUCAUCCUCUGUGACUCGGACCUGCAGGUCACUAAGCCGGCCAUGCACGUGCAGAUGAGCAGUCAGGAGGGGACCGUGACACACGUCACCAUGUACUCGGGUCCUCAGGCGCGCGCCGCCUCCAGUGGCUUCGUACCGCAGUACGCCCGGCUCGAGAUCGCUAACGACUUCGUCGUGUCCGUGCUGAGUUCGUGCGUCGGUGACCCGACCAAGAUGGAGCUCAUCAACAAACUUGGUGCCACGUGGCUGGGAGAAAUGGACUCGUGCCUCCGGCUGCUGUGCCACUCGGGAAUGGAGGAGCUGGCGCUCGGGUACUACAAUUAUCUGCUGUACGACAACGACAAGAUGGAAGGUGAGGCGUGCUUCAAGGCGCUGCAGACCAACCAGAUCGGCUCGACAGUCGACACGCCUCUCACCCAGGUGCGUGUGGUGAGCGCCGAGGGCGACUCGUGCACCGGUACCAAGAUCAUGGUGCUCAACCCGACCUACUCGGGAACAUCCAAGAAGCUGCAGCGCUUCCUCUACUACCAGGCCUACAAGAUCCACUCGUUCGACUGUCCGGAGCUCGCCGAGACCUGCCUGCAGCAGAAGCUGGCGCAGCUCGGCUACACGGGGCCGCGCAUCCCCACAAAGUCUGAGUUCCCGUACCAGUGCGCCAACCUGCUCUGCGACUCCAGGGUCGGCCUCUCGCCAACCGCCUUCUCCAAGACGGCCUUCCACGUCACCGUCGAAAACGACAAGAUGCGGCCACUCAACAACGUGUGCUUCAAAUCGCUGAGUCGCUCCAAGGCGGGUCGACGCUCGGACUCGCAGACGGUUCGCGCUGAUGUGCCCUCGCUCGGUGUCAGUGUUCUCUUCUCACUCCUCUGAGAUAAAUAUCGGUGUCGUCCUCUUCCCACUCCUCUGAAGACAAAACGGAGACAUCAUCUGAAGCAGACAUCAGAGUGAUCUUCCUGCUCUCAUGUGAAAGCGCCACGAGAUUGACUUUAGAGCGCUCUUCUCAUUCCUCCCGCUGAGGACGCUGCCCGAACGUCAAAGUAUAUGUAUACUUGCUCCGCGGGUGGAUUUAAUAUGACAUUCAGCUCAUCACUGCAAUGGGAGCUCGGUGUUGUUGAUGUUUUGUAGAAUGUGAUAGUGCCCAUAUCCUCUGUGCGUGAAUUGAAGCGUGUGUAAAUGUACAUUGUUCAUAGAUUGUGUGUCACUGUGUAUGCUAUUGCGUAGUGUCAUGUGAAAGUUAUGGGCCGCUAAAUGGAACUACAGGAAGAGCUUGUAUGUCUUCAUGUGUGAAAAAUGAUGCAUUGGUGGUAAAUAAGAUGAUAACUACCUACAGGCGAGGGCGUCCGUGAGAGCACUGAUCGCGUGAGAUCAGCCUCGUUACCCAGCCUGUCGUGAGUGCCUUACCAACCACGGGAGAGCUCUUCAUUGUCUUGAUUUACAUGUGUACUUAUAUUGAAUAUACAUCCCUCUUGAUGCACUU